AUGGCGGCGGCUGCGGAUCCUCUCAGGCCGUUCCCUGCGGAGCUGCAGGUCAUCAGGCGGCUGAACUCCAGUCUGCGGCGGGACGGCAGCGCCGGGCGUGCUGGCUCUCCUCGCCAUCAUCAUCCUCCUCCUCCUCCUCCUCCUCCGCUGGCUCCCUCACGAGACGACGUCCCCCUGCUGGACCCCUGCUGCGGUCUGCUGAGCGCUGGAGCCCUGGCCCACCUGGGGGUCAAAGGUCAAUGGCGUUUUAUUGAUCUCCAUCGUGUUCCCUGUGGUCUGUGUGUCCCUGCGGGUCUGAGGCGGAGGCCUCAGACGAGCCGGGCCCUCGGGGAUCUGUGGAGACGUGUGAGGCUGUGGACGGACGACUCUCCACCAGUCCUGCGCUUCAGAUCCACUUCAGCACCGCAGAGGAGCUGUGAGGAAGUUUGGUGGAACACAAAGUUACCGGGGCGCCUGAACGCAGCAGACAAAACCCUGGAGAAGCUGGAGAAGCUGGUGUGUGAGCGUCCCUGGACGAGGCGCUACGACAGCCGGCCGCAGCUGUGGCAGUCCGUCGGAGCAGAAUGGAGCAGACAGCAGCUUCGACUGCGGAGCGACGCCACCAAGCCCGUCUCAUUCUGCAGUCGGUCCCCAAGGGUGGGACAAAUCCCUCUGUACACCGGGACGAUUGGUUCGGAGAACAUGGACAACGUCGACAACAUGGAGGAGGACUUUCACCCUCUGACCCUGAAGAGGAGCGUCGUUCCUCCGUACACCCCGACAGCCCACCGAGCCGCCAUCCCCGGCUACACAGGCAGAGCGUCCGGGACUCGCCGAGCUGCUGCUGCGCCGCCCGCCGCCCGGCCGGAACCCUCACUGCUGUGA